AAAAAAAAAAUUAAUUGCAAUUGACUGGUGACUACCCCAAACACAGUGCAAUCAGAAGAGGAGCUGUGCUGAUCUCCUCCAUCACACAGGGGGAAGCCCACAUUACACUGACACACACAGGGGGGAUCUACCUUUAAUUCUCUAUACAUAGGAAUAAGGAUCUAAGGAAUGGAGACUUGCAGGUCAUCUCUGGCUCUCAUGCUGCUUUUAUUCCAUCUGACAUCUGCUAAGUCAGAUGUUUCAAAAUGUGAAAGAAAUGAGUUCCAAUGUGAAGAUGGCAAAUGCAUUCCAUAUAAAUGGGUCUGUGAUGGCAAUGAGGAAUGCAGGGACGGAUCUGAUGAGUCCUCAACGACAUGUGAAACUGUAACUUGCAGCACUCAACAGUUCAGCUGCGGUGGAAGGGUGAACCGAUGUAUCCCCCUGUCAUGGAAGUGCGAUAAUCAGGAAGACUGUGAGAAUGGCUCAGAUGAGAAGGACUGUGCUCUCAAGCCCUGUGCCUCAGAUGAGCAAUUCCAGUGCAAGAGCGGAAUGUGUAUCUCUCUUGAAUACGUAUGUGACGAGGACCGUGACUGCGAUGAUGGUAGUGAUGAAGAAGAUUGCCCGGCCCCAACCUGUAACGAAAACUUCUUCGGUUGCAAGAACUCCACCGUCUGUAUCCCCAAGCUGUGGACCUGUGAUGGAGAUCCAGACUGUGAAGAUGGCUCCGAUGAGGAGAACUGUGAAGGGAAAGAGCCGAUUAAGACUGACAAACCCUGCUCCAACCUGGAGUUCCACUGCGGCAGCGGAGAAUGCAUACACAUGAGCUGGAAGUGCGAUGGAGGGUUUGACUGCAGGGACAAGUCAGAUGAAAACCACUGUGAAAAACCAACCUGCAGCCCAGAUCAGUUCCAAUGCAAUGACGGCAAGUGUAUUCAUGGCAGUCUGCAGUGCAACCGAGAAUAUGAGUGUGACGAUCAUAGUGACGAAUUUGGAUGUAUAAAUGUGACAAAAUGUGAGGGUCCAAACAAGUUCAAGUGUCACAGCGGAGAGUGUAUCAACAUGGACCAAGUGUGUAAUGGUGUGCGAGACUGCAGAGACUGGACCGAUGAGCCCAUAAAGGGGUGUGAGGAAAACGAGUGUAUGAAAAACAAUGGCGGGUGUUCUGAUAUCUGCAAAGACCUUAAGAUCGGUUAUGAGUGUUUAUGCCCAGAGGGCUAUCGGCUCCUGGAUGGAAAGAAAUGUGAAGAUAUCAAUGAAUGUGAACAACCUGACAUUUGUAGUCAGAUUUGCAUUAACCUUGAAGGAAGUUACAAAUGUGAAUGCAAUGAAGGCUACCAACUAGAUCCAGCAACCGGCUCUUGCAAGGGCAUCGGUACAGUGGCAUAUCUGUUCUUCACCAACCGUCAUGAAGUGAGGAAGAUGACGCUGGACAAAAGCGAGUACACCAGUUUCAUCCCUCGUCUGAAGAAUGUGGUAGCUUUAGAUAUGGAGAUAGCCAACAAAAGAAUCUACUGGUCUGACGCAACACAGAGGAAAAUUUACAGUGCAUUCAUGGACAAAGCUCAUAACUUUUCUCACCAUGAGACUGUGAUUGGAAACGAGAUCCAUUCCCCGGACGGUAUUGCUGUGGAUUGGAUCCAUGCCAACAUCUACUGGACAGACUCUAACUAUGGCACCGUUUCUGUGGCCAACACACUUGGAACUAAGCGUAAAACUCUCCACAGGGAAGGUCUGGCUAAGCCGCGUGACAUUGUGGUGGAUCCCACCAAAGGCUUCAUGUACUGGACUGACUGGGGUUUUCCAGCAAAGAUUGAGAAGGGAGGCCUGAACGGUGGUGCCAGGCAGACUCUUGUUAGCGAAAAUGUUGAGUGGCCCAAUGGCAUUACUCUGGAUAUGAUCAAUCAGCGGUUGUACUGGGUGGAUUCCAAGCUGCAUACUCUAUCUAGCAUCGAUGUUGCUGGUGGAAACAGGAGGAUAGUCAUAUUCGAUGAAAAACACUUAGCUCAUCCAUUCGGUCUCACCAUCUUUGAGGAUCUUGUGUUCUGGACUGAUACUGACAAUGAAGCUAUAUUCAGUGCCAACAGACUGACUGGAAACCAGAUUAGAAAGGUGGCUGAAGACCUUUUAUCCCCAGAAGACAUUGUUCUGUAUCACAACCAUGGACAACCUGAUGGUGAUAACUGGUGUGCUUCUCACCACCUUGGCAAUGGAGGCUGUGAAUACUUGUGUCUGCCCGCUCCACAAAUUGGCACACACCCACCUAAGUACACAUGUGCUUGCCCUGAUGGAGAACACCUCGGGCCAGAUAUGAGGAGCUGCGUGAAAGAACCUGUUAAUCCACAUGCCACUAAGGUCACCCCUCUUCCGGUUACGACAACGCCUUCCCCGGUCACCACACCCACAAGUACUCUCCUUGCCAAGAUUACCUCUACAACAAGGAGGUUUACUACUGUCAAGCCUGAACCGCCAACAACAAAGCCUAAGACCACUGCUUCAUCUACCACAGGCCGACCAGUCACUACCACAGGCCGACCAGUCACUACCACAGGCCGACCAGUCACUACAACGGAAAAGCCUCAAAUUGCUAAAGCAAAUCCCGAACUCUCUACCCCAGAACUUUCUACAAUGUCACAUCCAGCUGAAAAUAACAUUGAGGUUAAGAUGGAGACUUCAAAUUCCCAUACCCAUUCCAACGCUAUUUACGCUGUCAUUCCUGUUGUCAUCCUCUGCCUGGUCGCUUUUGGAGGUUUCCUGUUAUGGAGGAACUGGAGGUUAAAGAACACCAACACUAUCCACUUUGACAAUCCUGUGUACCAGAAAACCACAGAAGACGAUGAGAUCCACAUAUGCAGAAGUCAGGAUGGUGGAUACACAUACCCAUCGAAACAGAUGGUGAGUUUGGAAGACGACGCUGCUUGAACAACCCUUAACCACUGUGCCUAACACCAAAACUCUGCUGCUCAAAUAUGUAUCAGGGGCAAUGACUGCUAAGCAACCAAAAGAUACCCGUCCAAACCACUGCGCCAGCUGGCACAGCCCAGAGAUUUUCCAGAAUUUACUAUUAUUUUUUUUUAUUUUAUUUUUUUUUAACGAACAAAACGGUCCACUAUGUACAUAAACUUUUUAGUUACAUAUUUUUGGGUUAUUUAUGAAGUCGUGCCAACUACAUCCCACCCUGGUGCCUCUUUCUACGAUGUGAAGAGCUCUUCGAGCCGCGAAGGAGAAAACUUGACGAGGUGUCUGAAGGGACGGGAAGAGACUGGAAGUUACAUUUUAAAAAGAAUAAUAAUAAAAGCACUGGGGGACUAUGAAGGACUGAAUGUGACCUACCUGCUGGGGGUUUACUUUUGUUUGUUUUGUUUUAAAAGCACAAAACCGUUCUAAAAAAAAAAAAAAAAAACACUAAAAAACGUGGAGAGAAAAAAAAUUCAAACUGGAGGGAAAAUGAGGAAUAAUGCACAAAGCUUUGUAGAGAAAAGUGUCUAUGGAGAUCUCCUCAGGGUGUUGACGUGUUUACUGCCUUGAGUUUUUACGCUCUCGGGGUCGGAGUAAAGCCAUUUUGAUCCGGGGUUCAGCAUUCCCGCUACAAUGUAGCAAACAGCAACAGGCCGCCAAUCACCCAAAAGUGCCUCGUCCACCCUUUGCUUCCGAUCCCGUUUCUCUCUAAAAAAAAAAAAAAAAUUCCACGUACCUCCGCUUGCACUUUGUUCUUCGUCUCAAGUGUUCUGUAUAUUAUUUUGAAGCAUUUUUUAUAUAUAUAUAUAUCUAUAUUGUAGCUUUUAUUUGCACAGCUUUAUAUUGUACAACGUCACGCUUGGCAAACUGCCUGUAUCCAACAGGGUAUGACGGCAGACGAAGAAACCCGAAAAAGUUUUGACGUAUGGAGCCUGGAAAAGUUUGGCUGUUUCUUAAGCUUUAAUGAUCACUUUUUUUGUACCGGUUACAUGAAAACAGGAACUGUUGAAAGUGGUGCUACCUACAAGAGAACUGUGAAACUAGACGUUCAGCCUUGCGACCAAGAUGGCGACCGAUCUGCCUUAAUUUGCAAGUGGCACAAAAAAUGUUUUUCUUCUAUACUUGAAAUUGCUUUCAUGGCUGCGCGCGAUAUUGCCACCACACCAAGGCCUUAUCUUAUAUUCUCUUACCUCUCUCUAUCUCUUCUGUCUGUAGAAAUUAGCCAAUCUUUUAUUACAGUAUUGAAAUCAAAACUAUCUGCCUGAACCUGUAAAGAGAUUAUUAUUUUUUUUUUUUCUUUUUGUGAAGGGUGUAAAUAUUAAUUUAUGUACAUAUUGUCAUAUUGCUUACAGUUUCGAUGUACUUGUAUAUACCUGUAAUGAUUAUGUCUCAACUGGGAAAGAAGAAGUUUAAUAUAUAAUUUAUUUAUUUGUUCAAA